AAAGUUAAUAGUUCACUACGGAAUACCUAACUUGACAUGAAAAUGAUACACACUAGACCAUAGAGAGACGUUGUUCCUGUAUAUGGUAUUUGAUAAACUACCAAAUAUCACGUUAGAAUUUAGAAACAAGUAAACUAUGCAACACGGAUCAAGACAACCAAAGUCUCGCCGUCUGAGUGACCACGUGGGUGCAGACUCUCGAGUGGACAUUAUUUUCGCGGUUUUCCCUUAAGACAAACAGUGUAGCAAGCCAUCAUGUCCCUCAGGAGCAGCCUCUCGUUCGAAGUUGUGCCAGUAGGGAACCACUCCUUCAGAAUGUCGCUGUGUGAGGGGGUGGAGUUAAUCUUGCCGGUGGAGGUGAACCACGCCGAGUCUCUCCUGCUGCGCGCUGAAAACCACGCCUUCCACUACAUCUCCCCGUGGAACGACACCCGCAUCCACCUGCACCUCACGGGCUUCAUGCUGCUGCCGUACGAUAAGCAGGGCCUGGUGGUGGUGGUGGGUGUGAUGAGGCUGGAGAACGGCGUGUAUGCCAGGGAGGGCGUGGCGGUGAUGAGGGACGGUGGCGCGGGCGAGGUAGAAUUGGUGCCUGUAGGAGAGGUCGUCACAGUGGCUGGCAGCGUCUUGGUGCGGGGGUGUUCCAUGGUGUUGGGGCAGUCCUUGCUGGUGUUGGCGGGCCUCGUGAUCACACCUUGAAGGGCUGGUGCCAAGUGGUAUCUCUAGGGUGCAUGGUUUGAAUGUUGUCACCCACGAACCUUGGAUUAUUCUCUUAUUCUUAUACUCUUACUCCUCGUGAUCUCACCUUGAAGGGUUGUAGUGCCUUGUAUCUUUAGGGUGGGUUGGAAUGUCAGUCACCCAACAGGUUAGGAUUAUUCUUUAUUAUUCUCUUAGGAUGGGCCUGUGAUGUCACUCAGAAGGGCUACUGCCAAGUGGUAUCUCUAGGGUGGGUUGGAAUGUCAGUCACCAAACAAGCUGGAUUAUUCUGUUAUUCCAUUAUUAUCUUGAUGGGCUCGUGAUGUCACCUUGAAGGGCCAUAGUGCCUUGUAUCUCUAAGGGGGCGUUGAAUGUUAGUUACCCAUCAACUUAGGAUUAUUCUCUAUUAUUCUUAUUCUAUUAUGAUUGCCUCUUGAAGGGCUAUAGUGCCAAGUGGUAUCUCUGAUGUGGGCUGGAAUGUUAGUUGCCCAACAACCUAGGAUUUUUCUAUUAUUAUAUUAUUUUUAUUCUUUUAUGAUUGGCUUGAAUUCACCUUGAAGGGUCAUAGUGCCCAGGGGCUGUUGAAGUGUGGGUUUGUAAGUUAAUCACCCAACAGCCUAGGAUUAUUUUAUUAUAAACCCCAAAGUAAGUUAUCGUAAUUAUUUAUUCUAUUUCAAAUCAAUUAUCCAAGAUUUAUGAAUCUCACUUAUCUGUUAUAAUGAUGGAAUUUGAAAUUUCAUAUAAUUUAAGUUCUUUUAUUUGAAUUUACUUUCAUUUUUGUUCUAAGAGGUUAUCAAACUUGGGCCUAAUAAUUCUUAGUUUAGUUGUGUAAUGGUUAGUGUGGUGUGGGGAGGAGGUGGUGAUGGUGGGGGUUAUUGUAAGGGUCGAGUGAUUGUUAGUGCUUGUGUUUGUGGUGUUGGUUCUGUAAUGCUCGGUGGUUGGGAUAAUGGCAUGCUCACUCUGACAACAACUGAACAACUACCAUUUCCACCAUUCAUCAAAAGAAGGGCAAGAGAGAAAGGAAGACCACACUCGUCAUGCGAGCCUGGAAGCUCUUCGUGGGUGG